ACAAAUUUUAAUUUCUUUCAUAUUUCCUUUCAAUGGUGUAGUGCUGGACAUGCCCGGAAGCUUCUUAUGCUCUUUGCCACCAUCACUAGAGUGUUUGAAGAACCUCAGGGUAUUGUAUUUGCAUAGCCAGGGCGUUGAGGAUAUUUCGGUCAUAGGAGAGCUUAAACAACUUGAGAUGCUCAUUUGCUUCUGCAGUGCUAAAACAUUACCAGCUAAAAUAGGAUGUCUGACUAACCUGAGGGUCCUUAACAUGGGGGACACUUGCAUCCAGAAGAUUGCUCGUGGAAUAUUCACUCAACUAGCACGACUUGAAGAGGUAUACUUGAUAAAUAACAACUGCAUCGAAGGGUCAUUUCUUCGUGAGAUCAGUAACUUAAGAUAUUUAACCUGUUUGAAUAUUCAAAUACUUGAGGCAAGUCUUCUACAUACAAACAUAUCCUUCCAGUCAUUCCCAAGAAGGUACUUUGUGUUCAGCUCUUCAUAUUUCCUAGGGGAAGGACACUUGCAUAAAGCUAUGCAUUUAUCUCUGCCCGUAAUGAGUCCUUUGAGCAAUUGGGUUUGCGUCAUGCUGAGGGAAGCAGAGGAUCUUUAUUUGGAUGAGAAUGGGUCGAAGGUGGCAAUAGAUGUGUUGGGUAUAGAAAGGUUUCAGAAUGUGAAGAAACUCAUACUUCAAUAUUGUAGCAAUGUGGUGUUUUUGGCCAACACUGAGAAUUUGGCCUCAUCAAGUCAGUGUGUUUUCCCUAUCCUAGAGUCUCUUAGCCUCUUGCACCUCAACAACUUUCUAAAGAUAUGCAACGGUCCGUUUCUUGAAGGUUCUUUGGAGAAGUUUAACCACCUAAGAGUCAUUGCACUCCCCAAAUUGACCACUUUGUUGGAGGACUCAUCUCAAAGAGUCUCUCUUAGAAACCUCCAAAUCAUAACGAUUGAUGCGUGCCCUCGAAUGUCAAGCCUAUUUUCACUCGCAACAGCUAGAGGUUUGGUGAAGCUAAGAGAUCUUGAUAUAUGUAAUUGUGUGGCAAUGGAAGAAGUCUUUUUAAAUGAAAGAAAUGGGAGGUCAUUUGUGAGGCAGAAGCUCACGUUCCCAAAACUAAACCAUGUGAGACUUGAGAAUUUGCCAAACCUCUCUUGUUUUUGCCAUGGUGUUGAAGACAUUGAGUUCCCUCAGUUAAUGCACUUGGAGAUAACAAAUGCACCUAAGUUUACAAGUUUCUGCCCUCCACGAAGCCAGGGUGACUUAGAAGGCCUUUCACUCUUUGACUAUCAGGUCAAAUUUGGUUCCCUAAAGAAAAUGACACUCAAAAUAUUGGAUGGAGUGAAAGAGAUAUGGAGCAGCUGCUCCUUCACCAAACUUGAAAUUUUGAGCAUAGAAUGCUGCAACAAUCUGAAAUGGCUAUUUUGCCCCUCAGUUGCUCACACCUUUGUCAACCUCAAGGAAAUGGAUAUUGCACAAUGCCAUAAACUUGAAGAAGUGAUUUCAAAUGACCAAGUGAAAGGAGGCAACAAACCAGUGUUUCCUAAGCUGGAAAAACUUAAGAUUUCGCAGCUACCCGAGCUUCGGGUCUUCUGGCUAGUCGAACAUGCUAUAGAGCUUCCGUUGUUAAAACACUUGGAGAUCAACCAAUGCCCCAAAAUGAAAUCUUUUACUCACGGGCCAUUGCGAACUCAGAGCCUUAAUCUGCUCGUGGUAAAUGGGGAAACCGUUGAUGUGGACGUUAACGUUGCAUUGCACCGACAUUAUUCGUCAUGAAAGGUUAUCCCUUUGUCCCUGAAAAAAUUUCUUUUAUGAUAAAGUAGUGGACUAUUAUAUUUUCUGAGUUGUAUUAUGAACUACUCCAUAUUAUCUACCCUUUAUAUUGACCGGCGCAAUAGUAGCAUUCGUAUACGAAGCACAAUGGUUUAAUACAGGUAAAAGAUUUAC